CGGGGAAAGGGGCCGGACUGAGUCACUUUAUAACCGCCCCCCAGAGCCGGGGUCGGGCAGCGCAAUGACAAUCCGCUUUGCCCCCCUCCGUAUCCCCCUGGAGCGCAGGCUUCAGACCCUGGGGGUUCUCCAAUGGAUCUUCUCCUUCUUGGCUCUCGCACAGUGCUGCCUGGUCAUUUUUGUCCUGCUGUUCCUCACCGAUUACUGGUACAUCGCUGCGAUUUAUGCCGGAUGGUUACAUUUGGACCGGGAGACGCCAAGGAGCGGGGGUCGGAGGUCAGCCUGGGUCCGGAACUGGGCGGUGUGGCGGUACUUUCGUGACUACUUCCCAAUCACGCUGGUAAAGACGGCAGAAUUGGAUCCAAAACACAACUAUCUGUUUGGCUUCCACCCACACGGGGUCCUUGUGGCCGGAGCUUUUGGCAACUUCUGCACCGAAGCUACCGGCUUCUCUCGUCUCUUCCCCGGCCUCACCUCCUACCUCCUGAUGCUGCCGUUCUGGUUUAAGAUGCCAUUUUACAGAGAGUAUAUCAUGUGUGGAGGACUGGUCUCUUCAGAGAAGAAGAGUGCCAAUUACAUUCUGAGCCAAGAGGGUGGUGGUCACGUGGCAGUGUUGGCAGUGGGAGGUCCCCCAGAGUCGCUGGAUGCCCGUCCAGGUGCCCUGAAGCUGCGGGUGCUGGGGAGGAAGGGGUUCAUCAAAUUGGCGCUGAAGACCGGGUAAGGGAAAGUUGAGUUGGUAAUAGGUGGGGCACAUCGGGAGGGCAGACAUAGGCCAGUGGACGGGGCAGCUGAAGGAGGUUGGUACCUCUCCCGUGGCAAAGGGCUUAUCCUCUUUUGACGUGGCUACAGGAGUGUACAACACCGAUACAGAAGGGGUGUUUCUCACCGGUUAUUGGGGUGUGUGGAGGUUUUCUGGGACUUAGAAUAAUUGCGAGGUUCAUUCAAUCCUUUAUCCAUGAGAAAUGCCUAAGUGGGCCCACCAAGAAUAACCUGCACCCAUCAGACAGGAAGCCAUGCUGGUCUUCGCUUCUGUUGAGUCCUUUAUCCGUGAGCAAUGCCACGGGAUGAUGUGAAAUCUAAUUUGAAAAGUCAGACGAGAGACGAGGAGGAAGUCCACCCCUGGAAUUGUUGUGGAAAUUUUGAAUUGAUUUCCCUCCCCUACCCCCCAAACAGCUGUGAACUGUCAAUCGUUGGUAUCUGUUCACAGU